CACGUAGAUCAAACUAGGUGAAUUGUCGGAGUUUGGUUCGUUGAUCAGUUCGGGUAGAGCUGAAGUAAGUGACGACACCGGUCCUCCACGCUAUCAGCAGUGAUGGACUGGGAUGGCCAUUGUAGCAAUGAACCUAGCAAUGAAGCCAGACUGUAGCUCGGAGGCUUCCAAUAUGAAUAAUUUAUCCUCAAGCAGCGAAUCAUCAAUUCAAAAGCCAUCGAAAUGACAGACCUCCUCCACUUCUCGCAAUCAGAGAUCCGCUUUGCAACCGCGGCCCUCGCAGCUAUUGCAACCCUUGCACCACUAGCAUACCAUCUGUAUCCCUCGCAAUCUCAAGAAAACGCGCCACAUAUGCAAACCUUCAACGCGUUCAUAAGAAGCUACUCCACACUGAGUCCCCACGCGCUCACCACCCACGCCACCCGCGACUUCACCCAUUCCUCCUUACCUUCUGACUGGGGACUCCCCCCCUUACCUAUCCGCACCUUUCGCGACAAUAUGGAAGCCAUGUUUGAUGUCUUCAGCAGCUUCGAAGUGACGCCUCAAGACGACGGGUACGGUGGCCCCGCAGUGCAUUUCUCACGUGACACAGAUACUGUUGUUGCGCAUUGUCGCAUGGGCGGGAAGAUCAAUAACGAAGGAGACAGGGGAAGGGCACUUGAAGAAAGCGGAAUCACAGAAUGGUGGACUGAAGCAGUGUUGUUUGUGAAGAUGAGUAAGGAUGGGAGGAGAGUAGAGGGUGUAAGGGAGUUCAUGCAUAGCAAGAAAGCAGAGGAGUUGCAGAUGAGGCUGGAAACUGUGUUGGGUGAGUGAUUUCGAUGCUGCACUGAUAGUUUGAUCAAGCAUUAUGUCUUUUUUUUCAACACGUGUCGCACUUCAAAAGAGCAUAUACAUCUGCAGAGACGGACAAUCCUCUGUCAUGUGAAUCGUGUGUACGUCUUCUCAUCAGACCCUCCAGCAAAGGGGCACCUCAUCAGAUUCACACUUAUGCAUAAUCAAAAAGCAACUCUGUCAUUGACAACAAUGCCAUUUCCUCACAACAAACACCCUGAUACUGAUCCGUCCGCCCAAAAUUCGCACCACAAAGCACAUUGCGACUUUCCCCUCCUCCCCCCUCCACACCCUUAAAAAAAGCCCUAAGCAGG